AAAUUCAGAAUAUUUUUUUUCUCGUUUUCCUCCUCCAAAAACCAGGUGCGUCUUGUGGUCUGGUGCGUCUUAUAGAGCGAAAAAUAUGGUAUGAUGGUGGUAAUUACGAUUGGUUUAUUACCCACCCUUCACCCUAAGGUCCCAGGGUGGUUCACAAUGAUUUAAAUGAAUUAAAACAAAUUAAAGGGAGUUAUAGGGACACAGUCCAUCCCUGGUCCAGGUUUGUUGGAAGAAGUUUUGGUAUCAUCUAGAUGUUUCUCAAACUUGGGUCUCCAGGUGCUUUGGGCUACAGUUCCCACCAUCCCUGACCAUUGUUCCUUCUAACUGGGGAUGAUGGGAGUUGUAGUCCAAAAACAGCUGGAGACCCACUAAUCUCUAUGAAGUUCAUCAGGUAGCACAGUUCCCAUUGGGAUGGGGAAUGACCCAAAGCAGUCUUUUCCAACCUGGGCUCUCCAGAUGUUUUUGGACUACAACUCCCAUCAGCCUCUGCUGACCGGGGCUGAUGGGAGGUGUAGUCCAAAAGCAUAUGGAGGAGCCCAGGUUGGCAAAACCGGGCCUUACAGCCUACAAAUGCUUCCCUGUGUAACGGGGGGUCCUUCUGGAAGAACAAAAAUCUCGAGAACUGGGAGAGGUGUCUGUGUGCGUGUAUUAUGGAUUUUAGGGGUCACUUUUGCAGAAAAGUACUGGGGCGCAGGAAGUCUUUUGCGAGGGGAGGGUCAGGUCUGUGGCGAUUUCCCGCCUGCUCGUUUCCCAGUGUGCCUUAUUUUUAUGCCGACUUUCACAAUAAAGGUGUGUCUCUGACUGAAUCCUUUUGUGGGCGCCUCUGUUUGUGCGGGGGAACCCCAGCCCCCCAAGGAAGGGGUUCUCAGCAAGGGUGGAGCCUGACUGAAGCACAGCCUCUCCCGCCCCCCCAAAACUAUACGCUGCGAAGCCGCCCCUCACGUCGAUCCCUCCUGAGGUGGGGGGGGCAGGCAAUGGAAACGAUUUCUUGGUGCGAGGACUCCCCCUUUUAACAACACAGGACACCCCUCUGCACUUCCACCCCCACAUCCCUCCAUCCCAUUUUUUCGGGGGGGGAGGGGGGAGACUUACGCCCACGUUUUCUUGGGAGGCUUCCCCCUCACCAUCUGGAUCCUUUUCCUCCCCACCCCCCUCGCCAUUUCUUCCUCUUACCACCCCCGCUGAUCAUUUCCCAUCUGACAGUUCAUCUCCCUUCUUGGGGGGGAGAGAAUUUCACAUGUGCUCCUUUUAACAUUGCCUCCUGUAGCUUCCCCCUCCCUCACCCCACCAGAUAUAUAAAUAUAUAUACUACUACUAUUCCUCCAUUUUGGGGGGAGGGGGGUUAUAUGGUCCACAGCCUGCCCUUCCCUCCCCCCCCCGCCAAUGUCUGGGUGAGGGUUCACCCGCCGCAAGCUCCCUUGCCUUGCAUUUGUUCAUCCUCUGACAUUUCCCUGGCACCUGAGGUCCUCUCUGCCUUCUGCCAUCUCCAUUAUCCUGGUUCCUUCUCCCUUCCUUCUCAUGUUCCGUUCCAGCUGACAUUUUCAGCCUCUCCUUUCCUGGAUUUACACUUGCUCUCCGCUUGCCUGCCUUCCUCUCCCUCCUUCCCACCCCCCACCCCCCAUCCUCUAUAUUUCAUACUAUUCCCACCUGAUCUCUCCAUUUGGAGUCUACCUCUAUUUUUUUGCCUCUGGCUGGGCUUUUCAUUUCUCUCUCUCCCCCCCCCAAACUCCUUCCACCAGCCUUUAUGCUGACACAUUUCAGCACUGCUGCUCCUUGCUGCCGCUUCUUUUUCUCUCUUUUAUCCCUGCGGCUCAUGUUUCCAGUGGCUAUUUUUCUACACAAACCGUCUCCUCCGGCUUCCUGCUACGCUGGGCUGCAUUACCUCUCCGACACGGCCAGGCGGUAUUCCCAGCUGAGAUUCCUUCCCUGUCUAUGCGCCCGCUCAAGGCUUGGGUGUGUCUGUUAUCUUAUCUCGCUUUUCUAGAAGCGUGUGCCUCUUUAUUUUCCUCCGCUGGCUCCAGAAUAAACUCAUGGUAAGUCUGGGAUGUGGCCCUGCAGUGUUCCCCCACUCUCUUGUGUAUAUAUCUAGGUAAUCUAGUCUGUGCAUCUGCAAGCUGUUGUUCCCAAUUUCUUUUUCUGCAUGCCGUAGUCGUGAAAUAAAUUUGAGACCUGUUCUUUCCGUUCCUGGGCGCUCGAUGCUGUAUUCCCAAACGUGCCGUUUCUCCUAGAGAUUUCUUUCCGUUUGGCAGGGCUGUUUUCUUUGACAUUUCAUAGCCAAGGCUUGGUUUGUGCAUGUUGUGCAUAGAUGGGAAUCUGUUUUUCCCCCCUGCAUCUUUUUGUGGGUCUCUUUUGUAUGCUGUUUGUGUCCAUCAGAAGAGUAGACAGUGUGUGUUCCUGUGUCUCCAUAUCUGCAGGCUACUAAAUUAUUAUGCACAUGUCUAUGAGCAGCCAGCUAAUAAGGAAUGCUGGUGUGUGUGUGUACAACAAACCCCCCCUUCUACCCCCCUGUGCUAAAACAAUGUUUUGUGUGUCCACAUUUCUGUAUAUGUGAGGUGUGUGCAUGCACACAUAACGCUGACUUAGCGUGCAGUAGUGGUCCCUUCUGCCUCUCCUGCUUAUAGGUUUUGAGUGCCCUGCUUUUUUCCCUGAGAUCUAUUUGAUCACCUGUGUGUGCCUUCUGUGUCUGCGAUUUUCCGCUUUUCUGCUAGAGUGAUGUCAACUUGGCUUCUGCCGCGAAUACAUUCUGCUCCUAACGGAACAGGCUUUCUGGUUCUUGUUUACAAAAAUGACCCUACGGUAUGUGGCCGGGGUGUGCAUGCACACAGCGGUGCAAAGGAACGUACGUGUGUGUGUGUGUGUGUGUGAGUGAUGCUUGUGAGAUUGAUCCCAAUACAGAGCACCAAAGUUAAUUCAGUGUACAAACCUUUACGUGCUAAAAGGCAUCUCUCUAAGGCUGCCUGCCUGCCUGCCUCUCCCUCCCUGACAACUUCAGUUAUGUUUGCCUAAAACUGUGUGUCUCUUGGUGCAGGUUGUUCCCUACCCGCUGUACCAUGUGGUCUCCUUCGGCAGCCCCGCUGCCUCUCCUCCGCCCUGGGAAGAGGCUCCCUGGUUCCUGUGAGCGCCUAGAUUUUCUCUGAACAGUUCCUGAUGCGCCCAGCUGGGCACUAAACAGGGAGGCCUGCAGCGUCGCCUGUUGCAGCCGAUGCCUGUCGCCCGAGAACCCCAGCUUCUCCAUUCACACGUGGCCUGAUAACCACCGCCAAGAACCAGCCGAGCCCUCCAGAAGGCUCGCUGACCGACGCCAGUACCACUGCCUCUUCUCGUCCACCAGGUCCUGGGGAACACAAUGUCAAAGCCGCCUGUCAGCUCCCAGACUGUCUACUCUCUGUUAUAAGAUUCCAAGGAGUUCCAUCGACCGCGAUAACUCCGCAAUUCCUAACCACCGUAUAUGCCUGUAAACCGAAGGCCUCGCGGCCCUCCCAUGCCUGUAAUGGCAAGAGGGUCCUUUUAAGCUCUCUUGUCCAAACCGUGACACCAGCUGUGGAAGGCCGGGAAACAGUCGAUUCGAGUGCUUAUCUCCUGUUGCCGAAGACCUCUAGGAAAACUGUCUCCGAUGACAAGGGACCUCUAGGAACUCUGGAAUGUUUGGUGCUAGCCAAAGAAAUCCUCUUGGUUUCAGAGCCCUCCUUCUAUGACUGCAGUCCAAGAACAACUUAAAGACCCCAUAGCUCUGUACAGUCAACACCAGCUCGGGUCUUUCGCUCCCAAAGCACGACGGACCACUAGCCGAAGAACGCUGGGUUUUGGUAGGUGUGACUUUUUGUAUGCCUACAGCCGGAGAUCUCUUGGAGUGCUGGUGUGCUUGCAGUCAGAAAGCUGUGGAACGGCUGUAGUGUUCUUGCAUCUCUACCGGCAGAAACAGCAAGGCCUCCACGCUUCUGUAAUUAAAGACGACCCCCGGGUUCGCCUGCAGGUAAACCAAAGGCUUUGGGGACGCCUGUAGCACGAGGAGUGCUAACUUUUAAUACAGGUGUUGCUCUACUGCAUGCCUCAUAACCGCGAAACCUUGGCCUUCUCCUGCAGCCAGCUGCUCUCCUCUGUCCCAGCUAACGGAGAAGCCUUGUGAAUCUCUGGUCAGGAAGCCUCCGCCUGCCGGUGGCUCCUUUACAUGUCUGCAACCAAAAAAAGCCAGGCCUUGCCCACGCUCUGGCUGUAGCCCUGAAGGCGUAUCUCAGAAGAGAAGCAGGAAGGGCUUCCCCAAUGCCUGGCUGCGAGGAAGGAGGCUUGAAGGGCUGAGGUCUCUCUGUGUGGGGCAGCGCCAUGUAGAGGCGCCCCGGAGGGGGAGCGGAGGAGAUGCGCGCAGGGACUCGUGGGUAACUGGAGCCCGACAGGCCGGGGAGCUACGUUACAUGAAUGUCCAACGGAGGCAGGUUCGAGUUUGACGAUGGCGGUUGCUAUGUGGGAGACUGGGAGGAGGGCCGGGCGCACGGCUACGGCGUAUGCACAGGCCCCGGGGCCCAGGGGGAGUACAGCGGGCGCUGGAGCCGCGGCUUCGAAUCCCUGGGCGUCUACACCUGGCCCAGCGGGAACACCUACCAAGGCCACUGGAGCCAAGGGAAGCGGAGCGGGCUGGGCGUGGAGCGCAAGAGCAAGUGGAGCUACAAAGGGGAGUGGAGUCAUGGGCUGAAGGGGCGCUCCGGCGUCUGGGAGAGCCACUCGGGUGUCAUCUAUGAAGGCAUGUGGCGCGAGGGCCUGCAGGAUGGCUACGGCAUGGAGACGUACGCUGACGGAGGGACCUACCAGGGCCAGUGGCAGUCUGGCAAGCGGCACGGCUACGGCGUCCGCCAGAGCGUCCCUUACCGCCAAGCCGCCCUGGUGCGCUCGCCGCGCCGCACCUCUCUGGAGUCGCUCCACAGCGAGACCGACCCCAAUGCCCCUGCUCCACCCCUGCCGCCCCCUCCUCUGCCCCCUCCGCCGCUCCCCGGGGACAGCCCGGCCUCGGGGUCCAGGGGCGGCUUUGUCUUGGCCUUCCCCGGCGAUCCGGACUUCCCCAAGGGCGCCAAGAAGAAAUCGGGGGGCUUCUUCCGGCGUUCCCUGCUCCUGAGCGGGCUGCGGGUGCGCAGGGCCGAGUCGAAGGCCUCCUUGGGGAGCAAGCGAGGGUCCCUCAAGAGCGAGGCCGGGGUCAGCUCGGCCGGGAGCGAGGCCACCACGCUCAGCUAUGCUGAGACGGAGCCCCCGGAGCUGCCGUCGACGCUGACCAUCGAAGGCUCUUCCACCGAGGUCUACGCCGGAGAGUGGCGCGUGGACCGCCGCAGCGGCUACGGGGUCAGCCGCCGCUCCAACGGGCUGCGGUACGAGGGCGAGUGGCUGGGCAACCGCAGGCAUGGCUAUGGCCGCACGACCUACCCCGACGGCUCCAAGGAAGAGGGCAAGUACAAGCUCAACCGCCUGGUGAGCGGAAAGGUGAAGAACCUCAUCCCGCUUCGCCGCAGCAAGGUCAAGGAGAAGGUGGACCGGGCUGUGGAAGUGGCCAGGAGGGCGGUCAGCAUGGCCCGGCAGAAGCAGGAAGUGGCCAUCGCCAGAGCCACUGACGCUCGUCUGAAGGCUGCCGCCGCUCUGGGUGCAGCCGAGAAGGCCCUGGAAGCCGCCCGCCUGGCCAAAAUUUUGGCUCAAGAACUGCAGCCCAUCUUAGCCGAGCCAGAGCCCCGCGGCCGGCUAGAUUCGGAAGGCACCGACACGGACUUCCAGGAGUACGACAGCCCCCGGGUCUACGAGAACGGCAUCACCCCCUCCGACGUCACCCCGGACCCGAGCUUGCCCCCCAGCUACCCUCCGACGCCGCUGCAGCCCUGGCGAGGGGACCCUCGGCGGACUUGGCCCCCCUUGGAGAACGGAGGCCCCCGCCAGCACCUCCCCCCGGAGGCCUCCGACCCUGAGGACGAGUGGGGCUGCCGGGGGAGCUUCCCUUCCCGGACACCGGGGUUCGUCCCCGAGGGGCUGUGGGAGGGGGAACAGGAGCAGCUCAGCAGCUACGAGGCGGAGGAGGAAGAUUACGAGGGGGCACCCCCACGGCGCCCCCAGCUGGGCAGCCCCGCCAGCGGCAGUUCCGGCAGUCUCCGGGAGGAAGAGGAGGAGGAGGAAGAAGAGGAGGAGGAAGGAGCAGCGGCUUCCAGGCCUUAUCCUGCGGAGACCCAGGUGGAGCCAACGCCGGCAGUAGGUCCGGGGGCCCCAGAGCUGGAGAGCGAGGAACUGCCUGGGGGUACAGGGUGCUUUGUGGCAGAGAGAGAGGAGCCCCCUGGAGCUGUGCGGAGAAGGGAGAGGCAGGGAGCCCACCCAUUGGUCGUUGCUGCUGUCCUGUUGAUUGAUGUGAGUCUGGCCUACCUGUUCUCCCUCCUCCUCACUUGAGAUGGGUGGGGGCAGAGGGGGUGCCUUUGACCCUGUCCCCCCCCAACGCCCCACGACGACGGUUUGGUAACAGACUCCGAUCUCCUCCAUCCUCUGCCUUUCUUCCUGGAACCCCCCCUUCUCUUUUUUCACUCGUCUUUACACCCCCCCACCCCUUUGCUGCCUCCUUCCUCCUCCUCAACCUUUCUAGAUUGUUUACAUACGAAGGGCUCUCUUUCUACUGGAGAUUUCACUGUUUUUUCUUGCUCUUUUUUCCUGGUCUUUUCACCCCAGCUCCAUAAUCCAUCUUUCUUAACCCACACUUUGAAACUCGGGCUGGGGGGGGUCUUUUCACAAUUAUCUUAAUGGGGGGAGUUGAGACCAAGGGGGCGAGUUUUGAGCCUUGUGGGGUUUUAAAACAUUUUUGGGGGCCACGGACUGUAGGGGACCCCAGUCUGGCCUGCCUGCCAUGAAAUUGCAUCCCCGUUGUCUCCUAAGGAGUCGAUUCAGAACUCUCCCCCCACCGUCUAAGGAAGAUUUGGGGGGGUUGAUACUUAACAAAGCCCUGCCCCCCAACCAUUCCAGUACACAUGAACAUUAAUCCCCCCCUCAAGAGAUGCUCCACACAAGUAUAAAGAAGGGGGGCGAUCUGUUUGCUUAAAGAAAAGGGUAUCCAAUUCGUAUUUGUUCCCUCCUCACAUUUUUUUCCUACCAGCAGAUGGCGCCAAGAGAAAAUGGACACCCAUCCCAAGAAUGGGGCUCCUUUUAAAGAGAGUUUGCAAAAUCCUUGCUCCCCCUUUUUUCCACAUUCAUAUUCUUACUUUCUAUCUCUCUCUCUCUGCCACAUCCUUUCCCUGAGGGAACCAGAACCUUCUUUUCAAACAAAAACAGACAAAAGAAGAAACAAACAAAAAAAAGGAGAACUUUUUAUUUACGCUUUUAUAAACCUUUUUCUCGCAGCGUUUGAAUAAUUAAAAAUAAAAACACUAUAAAUUAACGAGAGGGUGAAAGGGAGAUUCCUGUUAGCUUCGGAGAAGGGGGUACUGUUCGAUUCCCAUAUACAGGAAGUCCCAAUAUGGAAAAGUGGGCAUUUGCUAGGCCAUACUAGGAAUUGCCCUUUUUUCCCCUUGCAGCAGAAUUGUGAUAGGCAAAAGGUAGGGUGCCCUGCUGUGUAUAUGACAGGUGGGAGUGUAGCACCUUGGGGUGCCCCUCUGCCACCCCUGCACGGGGCAAGGGUGGCACGAGGCCAGCGCUGGGACAAAAGGAGCAAAAGGAGGAUGUCCCACCCCGAAGGAGGUUUGGAGAAUGAAGGGCCUGACCGUGAGGAAAGGGGAGAUCUUGCCUUCUAGAGGGUAUAAGAGUUGACCCCUAUGGGGGCAAAAGUUGUGUGCCUUUGGAAAGAAGUGCAAUAGGAGAGACCCUGCAAUAAAGGGGCUGAAAAGAGGAAGUCCCGCCUUUUUCAGGGCGCUCGAGAGUGCAAUACAGGAAGUCCUGCCUUACUGAUGGCAAGGAGAGGCAAUUUAAGGGCAAAAGAAAAUAAAAAUAAAAUAAAAAAGAGGGCUUUAAAGGGAGUCAGGUGGGGAGGCUCAGUGGGGCCCCCCUGCUGCAUCCCUUCAUGUUCUGGGUGACUGGGAACCAGAGAGGGGAAUCGGUAGAUACAGGAUGACGACGGAGGUCCUCUAGUGUAUUUUUGGGGGUGUCCUCCACAAGGAAUCUCCCGCUCAGCCCCUCCCUGGAUUCUGCAUGAGGAAGCGACUGAUCCUUUGCUGCGUGCUGUGUAUACUGAGAAUGUCUGUAUAGCCGACAAAAAAAAAAAA